GUUUAGUAACUAGUUGAAGUAAAGUACUGUCGGCUGUCGGCCUAACUCGUUGUUCAUGAACUUUAACCUCUGAAUUCAAGGACGGACAAAAACAACAAUGUUGUCAACAGCUUCACACGUAUUAAAAAGAUGCCUACAGACAUCAGCCACUCGACUGAAACACUCACUGCCAGACUUAAAGUAUGAUUUCAAUGCACUGGAGCCCUACAUCUCAGCUGAUAUUAUGAAACUCCAUUAUGAAAAACAUCAUCAGGCCUAUGUUACCAACCUGAAUGUUGCUGAAGAGAAGCUCAAUGAAGCUGUUGCCAAAGGAGAUCUGAAUACUGUCAUUAGUCUUCAGCCAGCUCUCAGGUUCAACGGUGGAGGUCACAUCAACCACACAAUCUUCUGGUCCAACCUGAGCCCCAAGGGAGGCGGCGAGCCCUCAGGCGACCUCAUGCAGCAGAUUAAAGACGAUUUCACCACUUUUGAGCGGAUGAAGAAAGAACUUGUGGCCGCCUCUGUAGGUAUCCAAGGCUCGGGCUGGGGAUGGCUGGGCUACAGUCCAACAAAUGGACAUCUUCGAAUUGCUACCUGUGCCAAUCAAGAUCCCCUUUUUGCGACAACAGGUUUGAUUCCUAUUUUUGGCAUUGAUGUGUGGGAACAUGCUUAUUACCUGCAGUAUAAAAAUGUGCGAGCUGACUACGUGAAUGCAAUCUUCAAUGUGGCCAACUGGGCCGAUGUUUCUAAUAGAUUGGCCAAGGCCAGGAUGAACUAGAGUCCUGAGAUAAUAUCUCUGAAUGCUCACUUUUCUAAAAGAGUAGACUAAAAGUUUGAAAGAAUUUUGACAGUCCUUGUCAAAUAAGGGGUUCUCACUUUGUGCAUCAUGCAACAAGUUGUUUCAGUGGGGAUAAGAAUACUGCCUGCUGGUGAUAACUUUAUAUUACUAGUUAUAAUUUAAACUAGUUAUGUAAAGUUAUUAUCAUGAUUUUACAUUGUAAAGUGCUCCACAUGAUGGGUGUUAUGAUAUUAACGUUUAUGCAAUAAGUUAGUAAACAGAAAGGUGUUUUGUUUACAAUUUAAGUAGAUGAAAGGUGUAGGGAUGUUAUGUGAAUUUUUCUUUGAGGGCAGUGAUACUAUUGUGUCAUUGUUUAGGAAUGAUUUAGUACACUGUGUCAGUUGUCUGACCACUAAGUCUCUGCAUCUUAUUCAUUAUUUUUUUAUUGCUUGACAGAUGACUUUAUUAAAGUUUAACUGUUGGAUAAACUUGUAAUUUUAUUUCUUUUUCUUUUUGUAGAGGACUAAAACUAAUUACUACUGCUAAAGUAUUUGUAAAUUUACUUUUUGUAGUUUUGAUUGCAAGAAGGAGGACUUCUUAACAUUUUUCUUUUGUGGUAAUGUUAUGGAUUUUCUUCUGUUAAAAGUGUAACCUUAAAUAAAAAGAACCUACAAAUA